UCAAGGGGGAAAAUGAGAAAAAUAGUAAAAUGUGUGGCAAAGUGAAGAAAAGAGAAAUUUGUGGACCGUUGGCUGCAAAAUUUGCAACCUCCCGCGAAGUUUGACUUUGAAGUUAACGGCGCAGGGUUUACAUGUUUGGCUUUGGUGGUGGAACUGAAGUUACAGUUACAAGUUCAUCGUUUAAGGACUGUCAGAUGUGUCCUAUAGUUGAAACUAAGUCCGUUGGACCGAGAAUGAGUGUUUUUUAAACAAAAUAUGCACUGAUGUCUAAUUUUUAAUUUAACCAGGCGUUCGAGCAAAAAAACAAAACAAAAAAACAAGACUACAAUAUUGCAAUGUGUUUAUGUUUAUUUAAAUUAGAAGGCCGGACACACAUUUUUACUUACACAUCCCUAGUUAACUUUAAAUUCAAGUAUGGAACGUGAGGACAAACGGGUGAAAAACGGACAGAUCAACGCGGACGGGCUGCACUCGGGGAGAUGCCCGUCCCAGGAGAGGACUGCAGUCCACUGGCCACAGGGCAACGCGGCCGAAGGUGAAUCUCAUGAGGACGAGAAGACCCUCCCAGUCCGGACUCUCUCCGAAAUACACGAGAACGCAAUUUUCGAACAGCUUGUCGGCAUCAAAGAGGCCCAGAGGAAGUGGAUCGAAAACUCGAGGUCUUUCGGACAUAGGAGGUCAUCGGGACAGAGAGACUCCAUCAAAGAUGUCACCGACAAGUUUAACAAUCUGUCUCCGAGGAAGAGCCAGAUCCAGGACAGGCCGAGGCUCUUUUGCCAGGAGAUCUUCACCGAUGACAAGUCGGUCAAGGCAUCCGGUGACCUGACAUCGAACAAACCUCCUCCUAAAAAGAGUAUAAUAACACCGACAGGAUCAAGUUUUGGGUUUUGCAAUGUACCCCAUUUGAAAUUACACCCAUCUCCUGUCACUGCUACCACAUUUGAGCCUGUAACUAAGCCGGACAAGGAGUAUAUUUCUGAGGAUGGCAAACUUGUUAAAGUGCUUAAAAUUGAAGAACCGAACCAGACCACCAGCAGGCCUAAUAAAGAAAAGAAUCCGAAAAAGACUAAAUUAGUCGACACAUCUGUGCGGUUGACAAAUGAUCCACCAGUAAAAAAAGCCCAGUUGGUGAGUGAUGUGAAAAAAUUUGAAAUAAAUCCGGUAAACAUUAUUUCAAAGGUAGAAACUGACCAACCAAAAUUGAUCCCAAGUUUGGAUGAUUCUACUAACAGUCUUAUAACUAAAUUAAACCAGGAAAUUAAAAAAGUUUCCGAGUUAGUAGAACAGACCAAAAAACUUCCAAAAAGAUGUGAAACGGCACAUCAACCUGAGCCGGUAAAGAAGACGCCCAAAAAAGGAAAAUCAAGUCUUGGAAUAUCAACUAAAAAAGUUACACCAGAAAAGGAAAAUGUGUUAAAGGCUAACACGCCCAAACAAAAGAAGUACGAUUUAAAAGUAACAAGGAACUUUAUCAAGCAAAAGAAAAAAGAAAGGGAAGAAAGAAGUAAUGAAGAAAAGAAGAGAAAAGCCUUGGAAAGUGAAGAAAGAAAAAAAAAGCUUCUUGAACUUAAAGAAACACAGAGAAAAAUUUUGCAAACAUGCAAACGACGCGUUAUCCAGGAUAAGCCCCAGUGGAUAGGACCGUUGGAGGUUGUUCCUAAAGAAAAGAAAGAAAUCAAAAUUCCAAUGAAUCGGAGGAGUCGAGGGCCUGGGACGGUCACUUUCGCGGCGGCCAUGGGCCUCCACAAAGUCCCGGCAGUCGUAUCUCCAAACGUCAGGAACAAGAGGCAGCUAUUCAUGGACUACAACAAUCCCAACAACACCCAGAGAAUCAUCAGACAGAACACGGAGAUCAUCAGAAGAAACAGACCCGUGGAUAUCCCGAAUAAAGGGGAUUACAAAUAUGCCGAGGAUCCUGUGCACCCCGAUAAUUUCCUUUUGAGUACAAGUGACGAGAUCUCUUCUCUCAAAACUUGCAAAUCUGAAUCCGCUCUUAAAAGCUCAGAUACAAGCUUCGUCAAUUACACAUACAUCGAUUAUAGUAAGAAUUUCCCGACUGUUCAAUCCGAACAGAACUCUUCACAGAUACUCACCAACGGAAAUCAAAAACGCAUCAAGAGCAAUUCGCUUUCUCCACUCGAUCCACUAAAAAAUGUCGAUCAAGCUUUGAAAGGAGAAAAACGUUUAAGAUUAAAUUACACUGAGGAUUCGAAGGCUUCCUUGAAACUUCCGAUGACAAAAUUUUUAGAAGCUGUCCCUUGGGAGAGCCCUUUGAAUGAAAACUUAGACAGGCCCAGAACUCCAUUUUGGUUGAAAGAUUUAUCCGAAGAUCCGGAUCCUUUUAACCUCAUCAAUACGUUUAAAAGGAAAUUGCAAUUGUUGGACGGUGAAGAUCGUAAGGAGCGGGAUUCAGUGCAAAUGCAACAGAACGUCCAGGACUUGAAUGUUCACAAUUUUGCCCUUGAUAUGGCCAGCAUUCCACAGUUGACAGACAGGACUUCAAAAUUAGCUACGACGACUGAGAACUUCAUCAAUUCGUUGCCUCAGUUGAAUUUUUGUGAUGCUACAUACAAUGUUAAGGAGUUGACAAGUCCUAAUAAAAUUGGUAAGGAGCUGGUGAAUCUAAGCGCAGAUAAAAUAAACAAGUACAGCUUAAUUGCAUCUAUGCCAGAAAAGCAAAGUACGCAUGCAAAAAAAGGAAAAAGUAAGUCAGCAACUAGGGCGAAAAAGCAACAGAUGGUUCCAGAGGCGGAUAUCAUUAAACCGCAGAUUUCUAAAAGCGAUACUUCACUUGCGUUAGUUACUCCUCUGAAAUUAAGUGACUCGUUGGAGUGUCUCAACCUUAGAUAUCAGAAAUUGAUAACUGGAGAGACUAUCCCUCAAAAGGACGAUGGGGAAACUGACGAGAUCCAGCAGAAGGCGUCUAAAGAUUGCGACUCUAAGGCAAGUCCUACAAAGUGCGAAAAGAAGAAGUCCACUCAUCAUAAAAAGGAGAGGACGUCCAAGAAAAAUGUUCUCGUGCGAGCCUCGUCAGAGGAAUUUCCUAGUAAACCCGAUGAGCUGUCAAAGCAUUCAAGUAAGCAGAAAGGGACUUCGACGACUUCAGUAAAUGAAGAGAUCAAACAAGACCCUAAUGAAAAAGAUAACAACGUCAUUGAGACUAUUUGUUCAGCACAGUCUGAAAAUUAUGCCACUUUGUCAGAAUAUUCAAGCAACCAGUCUGGAAACAAUAUGAACACCAAUAAUCAAGGGUUUUCCACAUUUCACGGAAAUUACUCUUGCAUGGCAGGAAUGGCAAAUGACGAGACAAAUAAAAGUCAUAUGCAUAUCGGGUAUUGUUCUAAUCAUCAUGAUUUUUAUCCUGUUCGUAACGACUACUCAUCAACAGGAGUAAAUUAUUCAAAAUAUAUGAUUAACAUGUCACCUUAUGGAAAUGUACCUGCUGGACAAUAUGUGUAUCCUCAGAAUGUAGGGGCUUACUCGAUGAAUAAUGCAAAUAUAGCUGUGUGCUCGGCGAACCAACAGGACAUGUACAGUUAUUCCCAAAUGGCCGGUUAUGUACCGGCUAUGUACCAGUCGAUGUCAGGCAGUUAUGGUACCACUCCGGUGUACAUGGCAGGAAGUUCUGGCACUGCAGCUCACGCAGCGCCGAUACCGACGGCCAUUGUCACACAGACGCCGGUUAUGAUAGCCCAAGAAUCUGCAGCAGGCUCGUCCCGGGAUGUCAACACGACUCUCCCUGUCAUUAUGACGGCAGAAAAAGCGGCAAAAGCUAGGGAAAAGAUCAUUCAGAAAGUCUAUUCUGAAAGCAUUUUCAGCGACAAUUCCAGUGACAGCGUCUCUGAAAUGGUCCAACUUUCAAGAACCCUUACGAGAGGAAAUACAGUGAUCAAUAAUGAAGUCCAUCGAGUCACUAGUCAAUCAGUUAAAGCUAAGGCGGAGGCUGAUGGUAUAAGUGAAAUAAUGGAAGUAACAAGUUUACGAAGCUCAAUUCAUGAUCCGCCUUUUGAUUUUGAAGAAGGCUCAUCAAUCGAUAAAAAUAUCACUUUUACGAGCAUUGAAACGUAUUCGCCGAACACAUACGAAGAGAGACCUCUUGAAAUGAAGAUCGCCAAAAUAACCUCCCAGGUGUUUGAUGAACCUAAUGACUCAAGAACAGCAGAGCAAAAUUACAGAUCGUUAAAUUCGUAUGAAACCUCUCUGAUUAAAAAGGCUAAAGCGUGUAUAGAGGAAAUGGAAUCUAGGAGAUUAAAAUUAAUAGGAAAGGGGAAAGAUUCGGAAGCAAGUAUUUUAAAGAAGAAGGAAAGAGCUUUGAUGUUAAAACUGUAUGAAGAUCUCAAAGAAAUAUUUAGGCUUCGCAAAUUGGAGAAAUCAGCGGGUAAAAACAAAAAAACGAAAGAAGAUUUGAUGCAAGUAGUACCUUCGCAGCUUAAAAAAGAUCUUGCUAAAGUAAUAUCAUCUUCCAAUAUGAAAGGCGAUGCAGCCGAAUCGCCAGACUUAGUCCUUUUGCAAACCAGUAGGCAGUUGAAAGAAAAAGAGGAGUUGUUGAAAGAAAGGAAAAAGAACGUCGAGGCUAUAGUUGCUUGGAAGCAAAAGUUGGAACAAGAAGAACGACGUGUACGAGAAAUGGAGAGCCUUAUUGCCCGAUCGCCUUUUAACGCACCUAUCCAAACUUUUGCAUCUUUCCCAUGUACUAUCGACAGAGGCACUUCACCAUUAGGACUUGAAAUGCCUAUUGAAAACUUAGGCCAAGGAGAAAACGUUAAACAACUUUGUUUAAUGGAUUCUGACAACCAAAACGAAUAUUCGGAUAGUUUCGAGAUGUCUUCAGGAUUAUCAGAGCACACGAUGAAAAAUGUUACUGUCCGAAGCAGACAUAGUUCGAGGGUUCAAUAUAAAAGGAAACCAAUGACGAUAUUGAAAUCACCUUUGUCGCCAAGAGUAACAAUUUUGAAAAGGCGAUAUUCAACUGGUUCUGAUGAAUCAAUAACACUAUCGCAAAAUGACACACUUUCCGAACAGAGUGAUAUGGAAAUAAGAGUGUCCGCUCUUCAACACCAGCUGAAGCAGAGGAAGAACGAGUUGGAAAAAUUAAGGAAGGAAUAUCAUAAAAGCCAGAGGGAACGUCUUCGCGCAAAAGAGCAAUCUUUAAUUAGCCAAAUUCAUGCUUAUGAUUCUUAUAUCGAGCAAGUUAAAAAUGAGCUGCAGAACGAAUUGGAAAAGCCGGAUGUUAAAGUGACAAAACCGCAGAUAAAGCAGCCGAAAUAUAAUGAAAAGAAGAAAUCCGAUGCAAAUAAAAUCACGUCCGCAAGCAGUGAAGUCGUAUCGAGUGUGACGUCCCAGGUCGAACAGACAUCCAAGAUAUCCGAGGUCAAAGAAGAAAAACCAACGCCUGAAAUAAUCGGCAGUUUAGAGUCUGCCACUAGCACAAAGUCGCAUAGCAGUGUGCCAGAACAGAUAUCCGCUCAGGUGCAGGAAGUCAUAGACAUCGCCCAUCAAAUGAUCACUAGUGGAUCACCAGUCAGCGACAUUUCGACCGUUCUCACACAGUCGCAGACGAAAACGAGCAUGCAAGAAAUAUCGGAAUAUGUCGAACAAGCCACAUUGCCGAUGACAAAUCCUGAAUCUGACUUGAAAGAAGUAACAGAAAACAUACCUAGCUCGAUCCCUUCCAAAUCUAGCUCCAGCCCGAUAAAAGAAGUUUCUGAAAACCUCGAUGCCAGCUUUGCCACUAAAUCUGAAGCAGAAAUCAGUGAAAGAAUUGAAGUCGAAGAAGAUACAUCUGAAGAAACUAUCGUGCCGGAAGUUAAAGAGUCUUCUGUGCAUGAUGAAACCAAGGCAGGUAUCGAAGAAUCACAUAUGAGCAGCGAAACUAAAGAAUCGAAUGAACAUAACACAGAGGUGAAAACAGCAUCAUCUUUCAAGGCAAUACAUGAUAUUUCAACUUCUCCGACAAACCAGACGACCAUUUCCAGUAUGAUUCCAACAGAAAGUAAAUUUAGGUCUUAUUCCCCUGAGUCUCAUACUACGACGAACAUCAUCAGUGAAUUAAUUGGCUCUUAUGGGACUGAAACAGGAUCUGGACGUUUUUCAUCGAUUUCUCCUGAAAGUAUCAACCUUGAUGAAAUUAGCGAACAUUUUUCAAAAAAAUCAAACGAUACAAAUGAUCAAAAAUUCCACUCGAAGGCGAGCUCUUCUGAUACUCCUACAUGUAUCCCGUCGGAAGAGAGCAAGACAAAACCUACUGAAAGUGUGAAAACUCUUACUCCUGAAAAAAGUCCUCAAUCAAAUGUCAAAAGUAUCAGCGAGCAACUUGAAAAAGACACGUUUCUCAACAGUCUCAGAGAGUCGUUGAGUGAAUAUUCUCCGACGUUUCAAACGGAAGAAGGUUCAAAAAGGACCAUAUCUCAAUUUUUAGAAGAGAAGCACUCUCCUAGCCACGAGAACAAAUCAUUUACACUAUCAUCCGGGGAGAUGUCAGUGGCCAGUUCGUAUACAAACUGUGGCGUUGAUCACGAAUUCGAUGAGGUUGAAACCGCCUCUGAGAAUAAAAAUCAACAGUCACAAUCUGUAUUCUCUGUACCCGAAGAGCUUUCAACAAUACAACCUAAUUUGUCCCAAUCAUCGCCAGGCAAAAAGUCUGAUGAAAAGAGUGUAGCAGCAGCCUCGAGCCCACCAUCAUUCCCGGCAUCGAAGAGCUAUGAAAUAUCAGAAGCGAUUGCGGAAGAGAGUGGAAAGGAUAAUCACGAGGAAAUCGAGGAAGUAUAUGAUGAGUCCUUAUCUGUAGAAUCAGAGACCGAGGUCAUCGACAGUCUGGAAGAAUCUUCGUCACACUCGUCGAAAAGGUUCAGCGAUCAAGGUGAAGCAAAUGUCAUGGAAGUCGCUAACGACGUAAAAACAAAUCCUAGGGAAAGACUCAGCGAAGAAGUUUUUGAUUUGAUCCACAAUUCUUUCGAACUUUCGGACAAACUCUGGAAGGAGAAUAUGGAACAGUAUGAAAAAAAUCCAGAAGAGACACCACUCCUCUCUGCCCUCCAAAGGGAAAGACAGCAAAAUGUGAAUGUCGACUACAUCAUACAAGUCAUCUGCACAAAUAUAAUAAAUGAAGCAACUGAUGCGGCGAUUGCUGCUUUCGACAAGAAGAAAAAUUUCAUGUAUAGUCAAGCCGAAAGUUUUCCUUUAGCAGAGAAUGAAGGAAUCACAGUUGGAAGGAAUGAGAAAAAUAAUGAUGGAGAUAUGUUGUGGCAUGGUGAAGGGCUUACGCCUCAGGCAGUUAAAGAAGCCCAGGAAUUGCGUCUAAAGCAGCUCCAAAUUGAACAAGAGAUCGAGAAGUUAGAAGCUCAAGAGGUUGUCCCAUAUUAUUAUGUACGAGAGAUACCCAACAAGCCGCCUCCUCCGUACACCCCUCCAAAGCACUCUCCGCCUACUAAGGAAGAAACGUUGUCAAGGUUGAGUCAGGGCGUUGAAAUAAUCUGGGACGAGGAAUCCAAAGGAAACGAUCCGGCGAGUGUGCAAAUGCCGGAGAGUUUCUUGUCAACAAUCCAAGAUCAUUCGUAUAGGGAAUUCAUGUUUGAUUUGGCUAAAGAAACAUUUUUAAAAUUCAAGCCUAGACCAGAAGCAGCCAAACCACCCUGGGUUGUUGCCCAUCCUCCGAGAAAACCACUUCCUCCAAUUAGAACUAAAGCAGACCUUCUUAAAUUUGUGAACAAAGAGGGAAAUAUUAUUUUUGGUUAUGAACCGAAGAUAAUUAAGGAAAAUAUGAUAAUGAGAUGGACAAAAAAGAGGAGAGACCUCGUCGACGAGAUCUUAGUCAAAGAGCUUCAAGAAGAGGAAGGCGAAUGGACAAAUUUCUCAUACGAAGAAAACCUGGUUAAAAACCAAAUCGCCGAUUCUUUAAUAGAAACGAUGGUCGCAGAAGCCAGUCACGGCAUUGCGGCAGCUUUUAUGAAAAAAUUUCCAAAUGUGGACGCACCCAGUUAACUUGCCGUACGAUUUAAACAAAAAAAAAAAUUGGCAAAUGCUGCUGAACAUCUGUAGGCUUUCUUCCUAUUAUAUCAGUAACGAUUGCGUAACUGAUUAAUCUCCUUUGAGAGUAUCAUAUUGUGACAAUUGACGAACUAGAAGGCGUCGGGUUACCCCCUGCCUGUAAUCUGUGAUAUAAAAUGUCAUUUAGCAUAUAAUGAAAUUUGUCAAGCAAGAAGUUCCUUGUAGGAUAAAUAUCACAUGACAAAUAAAUAAUUUCCUGAAAAACAAAGUUUUUUUAAUAUU